AUGGAUGAUAAGGUUCCUAGCAAACCUAAAGUCAUUAGAUUUGAGGACACUUGGAGAUCUUAUCCUGCUGCUAGAAGUAUCGUGUAUCAUACUUGGAAGAAAAAUGAUUUUUUUGAUGAAGGAAUGGUGCUUCAAAGGAAGAUUUCUAGAACGUUGAAAGCCUUAUUCUAUUGGAGUAAAAACACGUGUAAAAACUUGAAUUUACUUAAAAAUGUUCUUAAAAAGGAGAUAUUGGAUCUUCAGCAUAAAGAAGCUAUGGGAAUUGAUUGGUCUGAUCAAGAUCUUAUUAUACUUAGGAGCAAAAUUCAUGCUCUUAAUGUUACUUUGAAGAGACUAUCAACUUGGUGGAAUCAACGAGCAAAAGCUAGAUGGCAACAGGAAGGAGAUGAAAAUUCAAGAAUGUUCCACAAUUUUGCUACUUCAAGAAGAAAUAGUAAUAGAGUUAAUCAAAUCAAAGAUAUUCAUAACAAGCUUCAAGUGGAUGAUGAUGAAAUUGAGAAGGUCUUCAUUGAUUAUUUUGAAUCUAAAUGGAAAUCCAGAAAUUGCAAGCUUGAAGGUUGGCCCAAAAUAAGUGAAAACCAAAAGCUGUCAGCUGAUGAUAUUGGAGAUCUCAGUGCAGAAUUCUUGGUCAAUGAACUUCAGCACUCAGUUUUUCAACAAGGUAACAAUAAAUCUCCAG